UUCCACUGACUGCAACAGUACGGGGCAGGCAGAUGACGGCGACUUCUCGGUUCCCCAUCCCUUUUCUGAGACGCCACCAUCAGCUUCUCCGGCCCAGGCGAAGGCGACAGAGCCUGCAGAUCAGGUUGAGGGAGGAAGCAUCUCUUCGCUGGAUGUCAUCCAACAAAUUCCCUGGAUCAUCUGGAUCAAAUAUGAUCUAUUAUCUGGUUGUAGGUGUCACAGUCAGUGCUGGUGGAUAUUAUACUUACAAGAGAAUCACAUCAGAGAAAGCCAAACACAGUGAUCAUGUAACGAAUUUGAAAGAAAAAACCAAAGCAGAGUUACAUCCACUUCCAGGUGAAAAAGAGAACCUUGUGGGUGCCGAGGAAGCCGGUUCAGAAGCCCCCGAAGUACCUUUAGUGGAAGCUCCGGUGGCGGAUGCCGCAGAGCUUCCCAGUGCUACAGUUGCCGUCAUAAAAGAGGCUUCCCCGUGUCCAGACAAUGUGGAGGCUGCUGCCGAGGAGACCACUGCCGCUGGUGCUGAAACUGGGUCAGAGGUGACAGAGGCGGGGACGGGAGAAACCGCAGAGGUCAGCACUGAAUCCACGUCAGAGGUUACCAGCGCAGCUCAGGAUGAAGCUGUUGCCGUCGAUAGUGAUAAAGGUACAACCGAGAACGAAAGCUGUGGUGAAUAUGCUGAACUAGAAGAAAGUUCUCCAGUUGAGUCAGAAUCCUCUGCUGGGGCUGAUUUACAGGAAGAAGCCGGUGUUUGUUCUGAGGCCACCUCAGCCCAAGGCUAAUCUCAUGCUGAUGGACACUUGGGCAAAAAAUGCCACAGAGGGUCUCAUAGGCGUUUUUGUAGUUUCAGUAACCUUAGAUUUUAAAAAGGCUUCUUUUCUAGAAAAUGUUAAUGUGCCUUGAGGAUUUUGGGUAUCUACUGAUAGAUUUCAGGAUCGAGAGGUUUGAGAUUUUGCAUGCUGAAUAGUUUUCUACUCUCUGGGAUCAGAAUAUGACAUGUAAAGAGCUUAAAGAGUUUCACCUGUGGAUUUAAAUUUUAUAUCAUAGGAAUUGAGCAUCUAUACAACCUGCAUUCACUUUAAU